AUGAAGCCUCUAUCAUCGCCACUUCCAGGACUCUCGCCCCUUCAGUCGUCAUCCCAAGAAGACAACUUCAUGUUUCCUACAACGAAAGUCAUUAGAUCAAAAUUGAAGAGCAACGAGUCUCCAUGCGGAAGUUUGGACCGUCCAUUCGAGAUCGUCUCUUCCAGGUCCUCCUCGGCAGCAGCAACCACUGUCGAGUCUAUGGAGACUCAAGCCAGGUCUGUCCUCGGUGGAUCGUCAGAGAGACCCUGCAGCGAGUCAGGCCUCAACAACGCAAGGCGACCCACAGUCGUACCCAAGAAGAAAAUGUUCCAGCUUGGGGAUUCUUCAGAAGAGGACAGCUCAGUCAAAACCGCGCUCAAGUCUCGACAUCGUGGUUUAUUGAGUGCUCCAAUAAAACAAGGCUCAUCCCCCAACAGCCCAAAAAUAAUUAUCAAGUCUACAACCGCAUCCAUCCACGAGUGCGAGGGAAGCUGCUUUGAUGAGUGUGCUAUUGAUAAUGAUGAUAAUGAUGAUUGGGAAGAUUCGAACAAGAAGGUGAGCAGCAAGAGUGUUGUGGGAGAGAAGAGGAUAUUCUUCCGGGGCGUCAUCAGAGCCAACCAUAGCUCCGGCCGAUCUCUCAUCACUUCAGGCCUCGAGUCGAUACAGAGUCGAGGUUCACCGCUUCAACAUGACAACAUGGCCUCCGAAUCGACUUCGCCUUUGUCCCAAUUUGGGAGGACUUCUUUCAACAGCCCUCCCUGGGUGGCUUCACCGGAGGACUCUGAUAGAUCACCUCUGGUGAUUUACCCAAAGCCUCGAGGUUCCCCUCUGCGAUCUGUCAAUGAGACGCCUGGUCCAUCGGCGCAGCCUAUCCCACCCAUCCGCAACGCUGUCAGCCAACCCAUAGCCUUUUCGCCCAGGACGAUCCGCCGCAACAUGAUGUCCACUGAGCUCACCGAGUCGCUACGCCGCCACAUUCUUUGGGAGAGGUCACAGAAGACUUCAACAGCCAAUGCCGUGCUCAAGCGUCGGCACACAUCUCAAGACGUGGCCAACCUGAGCUCAAACCCACAACAGUCCCCCGGGAAUGGAUGCGACACCGAUAUCAAUAGCAGGAGCUGGGAUCAGGGCUUCACCUGGGAAGCCUUCGCCGGAUACCACACCCAAGGCUGGUGA